UGUAUCUAAAAAAAACUCACGAAAAAAAAGAGGUGGGUGAUUGACAUAGUCAAGUUUUACAGUUCAACAGGCGAUUAAAUUAUUUUACAAUGCGCAUUUACAUAUUUUCUUAAGAAUCAUUUUGUAACGACACGUAACUAUUUUUGUUGGAGCUCUGCUUCCUUGUUAUAUUCUAUUGUGUGCAGUGUUGAAUCAUCACACUGUUUAACAGUAACAACAGGUUCAUUUAAGGCUUGUCAAUCCGUACCUUUGGUUUGUUUAUUUUCCUUCUGUCCCUUAAGCAUUCGACUAUUCUUCAUGUCUUGUCGCCUGCCAGAUUCGGAAUUUGUAUCUGCCAGGUUUUAAUUCCCGUGAGUUUUUUAUAAAUCAGUGUAGACAGUCGUCUAUACCUCGGGAGGUUUAACUUGUGGUAUACUGCCUGCUGAUAUCGACGUGUUCUUUGUUGAAUACCUUUCUUGAACAGUGUCAGACAUACAUGGAAUUUGUGGCACGUGACCUUGCAUAAACUUCCUCUCGCGCAUCAUGCUCAUGUGAUGUCAAAGGUCACUGCCACGUGUAGAGACUUAAUUACGUCAUGUUCCCAAGUGCCUACCAAAACAAUUGCUAUGACCCUGUGAGCAGUCAGGCUUUAUGUUUGGGUUAUAUCUCCUUGAAUUAGAACAUGUGUUGCUGCUACUGUAGCAAUUUGUUAGCAACACGACAGCGCGUUUCACGCGAGAUCAAAACACUGCGAGGUUGACGGAUUACGAACAAAUAGAAAACGUCGUCGGAUAUUAUUUCCCACGUCCCUACAUUCGUCAUUGUCCUUGUGCUCUUCCACGUCAUUAUAUCGCUACAUCUCCACGCGCUUACGAUUCUUUCGUCAUUUACAUCGAUUCUUUUAUGAACCGUGUACCGAGCUCUUUUGUUAUCGAAAUUCGCUAAACAGUUUCUUUAGUAGCGACCAAGAGAGUCCAGGCAACGAGCCAACAAACCGGGUUAUUUUGUUCGACCAUCCAAGCACAGUCGCAAGUAGUUCCCUAAUUGCGUCACUAAAUUUUAUUAAGAUGACUAAGUAAAGAUUUAGUGUCAAGUUUAGCUGUCGUUCUUGCGUCAGUUGCCCGUGUGCAUCGCCUUCUGGCAGUUCUUGGAUUUACGACGGUACUGGUGAAGCUGUUACCAGAUCUAAAACCUAAAUCUGGCCAUUCGUAGCCACGCCUCGCCUAGCAUGUGCGCUUUGGCACAGAACCAUUUUCUGAGCCCCAUCAGGAUUGGUCCGUUUGUGCAUCAUCUUCCUAACAAUCAUAUUCAUCUGGUGGGAGCAACAAGACGCAAGAUUCCCCAUGAAGAGCGGGAAAGACUUUGUCAUGCAAGGAGUUACAGGAAGUUCCGACACACGAAGCUGCUCAGAGCAAACCGUCUCCCGGGAGCAAAGAAAACGAAGUCUAAUGGAGCUGGGGGCAUGAGUGGAAUGAUGGGGCCGUCCAGCAUGCGUGGUGCCGGUGAACCACAGAACUCUAAUCAUAUACCGAACUUAAAACCGCCUGGCGACGGAGGCGACCGAGCUCAUAUGAAUGAGGAAUACGUUAGCAAGUUUAACUACGACGCAACUAAAGAUGACGAACUCACUCUGCGGAAAGGCAUGAGAGUAAUUGUCCUACAGACUGAUCCCGACGGCUGGUGGUAUGGUAAAGAUGCCGAACGUCCUGGACAGCCCGGUUACUUCCCGUCAAAUUACGUAGUUAAAAGCAGCUCGAUGCCUCAAUCAUGUCCCAGCAGUAUGCCGAACACGUCACACGUACAGCCGGCAAGCGACUGCAUAUCUGUUGUUCGCACACUUUACGCUUUUAAUUCUGGCAACCCGGAAGAGCUCGCAUUCGAGCAAGACGAAAUGCUGGAUAUCAUUGAACAACCACCCGACGAUCCGGAAUGGUGGCUUGCGAGGAAUAGCGAAGGGUUGACCGGACUCGUCCCAAUGAACUACGUCGAAGUAGUGGAUGGAGCGCAACCGGUUUCAUCCGGAAAUAUCCAGAACUACGACCGGGUCUGUCCACAGCACAAUGACAUCGAAAAUAUGCAUGCUCAGAAUACUGCGAUCGGAGGCAACGAUGGUGCAGCAGAUGGUAUCCACAGUCGAGAUUGGUAUUUCGGUAACAUGAAACGUGCUGAUGCGGAACAACGGUUACAAGACCGGGCAGAUAAUGGAGAAUUCCUGGUCCGCGGUAGUGAAACAUCGAGUGGUGAUUAUUCAAUAUCAAUGAAGAUGCCUGGUCGUAUCCGACAUUUCAAGGUCAAUACUCUUCCUAAUGGAGUGUUCGGCAUCGGACAGCGCAAGUUUGAUUCUAUGGACGCAUUGCUCGAGCAUUAUAAGUCCGCCCCUAUCUACACGAGUAAAGAGCAGGGCAAAGUUUACCUGAGUAAACCUAUGGGCCGAUGAGGCAAUCAACACAGUUGACGUCCAUGGGACCCACCGAGCAGUCGGCGUCCGUCACGUUUCGGACGACAAACAGUGCUUAGCGCCAACCACUGUUUGCUUCUCACAUCUGCGGACAAUUGGUAUGCUGCGGACGAUCGACAACAGCAUACUGUAAGAAUAUUAUUUCAUCUUCCUGUUUCUUUUCAUUUUGUAAACUCUACUUCCGCUGUAGAUAUCCGAAUUUGUCGUUUUCUCGAUUUUGGGUCCAAGACUAGAUUUCCCUAUUAGCCAUAUAUUUAAACAAUUCUCACCUGACCGGCUGUGCUCACUUGCCACGCACAACGUUAUAAUUAUACAACCAUUUUCUCUAUGGUCCGGUCUUAAUCAACCAAUACAUCCCAUGUGAUAUAUAUAUAUAUGGUACAGCAACGCAAUUUGGUCAUGGUCUUCCGUUUGAAACGUACAUUCAUUUUUAUAUUCUGUUCUUAGUUUUGGUCCGUCUGUUUUCCAGCCGGUGUUUUCCAAUUUCGUUAAAAAUUCAGGCCGAACGUGAACUAGUUUGAAUCGGUUCGACCUUACCUUAACUAGCUGUGCAGUGCAACCGAAUCACCACCGAACUGCUUCCAGCUGCACACCUUACCUGUUUUAAUGCUUUAUCCUGUACAUACCGCCUAUGAUAUUUAUAUGAUCGUACUUUCGGUCGUUGUACAUACUCAUACGUCAGCACAAACCCUCACAAAACCAAUGAUCGUCACUAUGCCGGUCUCCAACAUACGUGAUUCUACAAGGAUACAGUUAUUCGCCCCAGUGGUUAUCUUUGUUUGUAUGCACGUGGACCAGAUGUGAACGUCUCUGUUCGUUAAUAAAUAAUGAAACGCUCGGC